CCCAAGCGCGUAGGGACUGAGCCCAGACCCUCUGUAAAGCAGUCAGAUUUGGGAUCAGCAGCAAACCCUGUCCCCUGCCGCAGCACAGGUUACAUGGGUCCCGGGGUCACCUGUCCGUGGGGAAGCCGGCUCUCUGGCUUCCAGGUGAGGACUUGGAUAGAGCCUGUGGUGGCCUCAACCCAGGUGGCCGGCUCCCUCUACGAUGCAGGAUUACUCUUGGUAGUGAAGGAGUCCUUCUCAUCUGAGGCUGGAGGCUCUUCCAACCACAAUGCCAGCCAGUCGAUCAGGGGGCAUCAGGAGGACCAACAGCAGAAGGCCAUCUCCAAUUUCUACAUCAUUUACAACCUCGUGAUGGGUCUGACACCGCUGCUGUCCGCCUAUGGGUUGGGCUGGCUCAGUGACCGCUACCAUCGCAAGAUCUCUAUCUGCACGGCAACACUGGGUUUCCUGCUGUGCCGCACAGGACUCCUCCUCAAAGUGAUGCUGGACUGGCCGGUGGAGGUGUUGUACGGAGCAGUGGCGCUCAGUGGGCUCUGUGGGGGCUUCUCCGCUUAUUGGUCCGGGGUCAUGGCACUGGGAUCCCUAGGCUGCGCUGAAGGCCACCGCUCCUUGCGCCUCAUCCUCAUCGAUUUAGUCCUGGGCUUGGCUGGGUUCUGUGGGAGCAUGGCCUCAGGGCAUCUCUUCAAACAAAUAGUUGGGCACUCUGCUCAGGGCCUCCUGUUAACCUCCUGUAGUGUGGGCUGUGCGGCUUUUGCCCUUUUCUACAGCCUUUUUGUGCUGAAGGUCCCUGAGUCUGUGUCCAAGUCCAACAAGGUGUACCCCACUGUAGAUACUGUGUCUGGCAUGGUGGGCACCUAUCGAACCAUGGAUCCAGAUGAACUGGACAAGCAGGAUGUAUCCAGGAACGCUUUGACUCCUGGGAAAAGGAAGACCUCCCAGACCAUCAUCGCCCUGCUAUUUGUGGGUGCCAUCGUCUAUGACCUGGCCGUUGUGGGCACAGUGGAUGUCAUGGCUCUUUUUGUGCUAAAGGAACCUCUCAGUUGGAACCAAGUGCAGCUGGGCUAUGGGAUGGCUUCUGGGUACAUAAUCUUCAUCACCAGCUUCUUGGGUGUUCUAGUCUUCUCCCGCUACUUCCCGGACACCACAAUGAUCAUAAUUGGGAUGGUCUCCUUUGGGUCUGGAGCCCUUCUCUUAGCCUUUGUGAAGGAGACAUACAUGUUCUACAUUGCUCGAGCUAUCAUGAUGUUUGCACUUAUCCCCAUCACGACCAUCCGAUCAGCCAUGUCCAAACUCAUAAAGGACUCUUCCUAUGGAAAGGUGUUUGUUAUAUUGCAGCUGUGCCUAGCUCUGACUGGCGUGGUGACAUCCACCCUAUAUAACAAGAUCUAUCAGCUCACUCUGGACAAGUUCACAGGCACCUGCUUUGUCCUAUCUUCCUGUCUCUCCUUCUUGGCAAUUGUUCCAAUUGGCAUCGUGGCCUACAAACAAGUCCCAAGGGCACAAGGAGAGGGCGCGGAGAAAUGAAGGAGCUGAAAACACCUCAAUUACCAAGUUCUGCUCAUGAAACCCAAAUUCCAGCCUUGCCAUGGCCUGCUGACACCCUUAGGUUCCUGGUAGGAGGGAAAAUCAGUUUCUGGGUAUUGGAGGAAAGGCAGAGGUUAGGGUCUGGGGUACCAGCUGCUUGCACCGGCAUUCUAGGUCUUGGAGGGGUUCAGGCUCCAUUCAGCUAGCCUUUCUUCUUCCAUCACUGUCUUAAGGGUUCCAAUCAAGGGAUAGCAAGCCACACGUGCACAGUGCUAGAGGUUCUGUGGAAGACUUAAGCCCAAGGGGGAAUGAACAUGAAAUGGACAUUUUGUAAAAUCUGACAUUUUUGUACGAAUAAUAAUAGUUUUCAAGUUAAUGUAAAAUCUUGAAAAAAAAAUCAGUUUUCUUGGUUGAGUCUUCCUCGGCUAGGAACAAGAGAGCAACAAAGUUCAUGGCAGUGUUAACACUGUUGCUUUUAGGAAGCUCAGUUGGUGGAGUGCUUACCUAGCAAGUACUGAUUCCUGGCUUAGAACCUCAACACCUCAUAAAUCAGGCAUGGCCGUGCACAGCUGAAGUUCCAGCACUCGAGAGGCUGAGGCAGAAGGAUCAGAACUUUAAGGCUAUCCUUAGCUAUACUGUAGUCUGAGGCCACCAGGAAUACAUAAAGUCCUGCCUCAAAGAAACGAACCCAGCAACAACAUCAAAAUCCAGCAAGGACCAGUGAACUAUGCAGUGGGACACUUCCAAUCAUCAC